AUGGGUAAUGGACCACCCCGUACAAACAAGUACACGAGAAUUCUUGCUCGACUCUUUGAAUUCCUUGCUGUCUUCCAUAUUCUCAAGAGAGCUAACGGUCCCCAUACCGCCAUCUCCCAGCUUCCUGCAGACCUCCAAACCGUAAGACGAAGGUUUAUUACGAGCUUGUGUUAUCUCUGCGACUACCGAAAGGGUGGCAAAACAACAACUUCAAUCGGCCUAGAGUCCCGGGAUGACGGUGUCGUAUUUUGGGUUGCUGCGAACCUGUCUCCAAACGAUGACGUUCUCACCUUUAUUUCCGUUAUCCUAGAGAACCUACGAGGAGAACCAAACUCUACCGUAACAGACAGAGAAACGUUAACAGCAAUGAUAACCCUCAGAUCUAUCCAAUUCGUUGCUCCAAGAUUAAGAAAAGAACGUCGAAUGUUAGCUCGGGCUGCGCGUUCCUGCGAAACCUACUUGGCAGCCAAUAUCGACGCUAUUAUGACACCUGGAGCUCGUGCUCUAAUUGAGUGGCUGCCUCAAUUCUACUCUGUUACAACCGACCCUUUGAUCUUCUGCCAGGCUGCUUAUAAUGGUCGACACGCUCCUCAAAUGAAGACACUGGAAGCUCUAAAAGAAGAGCUGAAGGUGGCUCCACUAGGAACAGUAGAGCCAUUUCGUUCUGUCAAACAUCUUGUUGGCCGUCUGGCUGAGAAAAUUCGAGUACCUGCCAAUCUUGUUAACGACUCCCUGCUACUAGGACCUCUCUUACAAUCUUACACGGUUCGCAGAGUAGAAGCUCCUAUGGCAGCAAGGGUACCAGCGUCAGAUGGUCUGAGAAAUCUAGAUUCGAUUGUUAGAAGAAUGCUUCGGGCUGACGAUCCACGCUUGAAGGACAUGCAAAGCUAUCUGGGGCAACUUGAUGGCUCAAUGAAGCUGGAAGAUGCCAUCAGGGCUAUGUAUGACGACGAGCAAGCACAACACAAUGUGCAUGCGGAGAUUCAAAUCCUCGAAGACUUCCAUCGCAAUCAACGCAUAUUUGUGGAACAGGAUCGCUACAUAGCUUGCAGUAAGCUCGCCUGUCUUUGCUGCAAGUUUUACUUCAAAUUCCAUCCUGGUAGAUUUGUGGAGCCCGAAUCUCAUCAAAAGACAUAUCUUAACUGGCGUCCUAUUGAUCUACCUGACGGUGGGGAGGAUAGUGACUGGCCGGAUCAGCGCCGUGUUCUGGGAAACCUUAGCAAAGAGCUGAGUAAUCUUCUGGAGGAGCAUAUUGUAACCCAACAGCAACCAACACCAUGGCAGCCGGAUUCGAUAACAAAUAUCACCGCAAUAACAGAGGCUUUGACACUUUCCGAAGUUCAGGAAGAAUUCGAGAGCGGAGAUGGAGAAAGUGAUGUAUUCACAGAUUCCGAUUCAUUAGCGCACCUCCAUGAUGAUGACGUUGUCAAUGAGAGUGAUGAUGGUUCUAGAGAUGGUGAUGAGCAAUCUGAGGGAGGUGUAGUUUUAACUGAUUAG